AUGGAAAAUCGAUCGGUCAAUCCAUUACAUCUCACUUCAAUAACGAUCCUCUCACCUUCCAAUUCACCUUUAUACGUUCAUUCAUUCACUGGAUCACAAGAUGAACUGAGACAUUAUCACUUGAGUCAUGCUGCUGUUGAUGUUAUUGAAGAGAGAAUCGUCAUGACUUCGACACCUAUAAAACCAGCUGAAUCUUAUCUGGGUUUACUAUUCUGUAUGGAAGACAUGGCAUUUUACGGAUUUCAAACCACUACUAAGAUACGAAUGGUACUUUCAAUAGCAUUAGUAGAUGCGAUGGUAAAAGAUGCUGAUAUAGUGGCUAUAUUCAGAGCAAUACAUAAUUUGCUAUUGACAAUAACAUCCAAUCCAUUCUUAUCAUUAUCAUCAUCAUCGUCAUUCAAAGCUAAACCAGCAUCGUCAUCAUCAUCAACAUCAACCGAGAAACACGAUCGAAAUCACCAAAUAAUCAAUACACAUAUACCGGAAUCUAAGAUGUUCAAUCUCGGUCCUGAUGAUAUAAAAUCAAAUUGGCUAAAAGAAAGUAAAACCUUUAAUGAAGGCGUGAAGAGGAUAGGAGAAAUGUUAAAUGGUCAUUUAUGA